AUGUUCACCAAGUCACUUUUUCUGUUCGUGAGCUUCUUGGCUGUCACCCACGCCCGCUUCGGCCAGGAAAAUUCCGUCCAGAACAUCAUAUCCGCCAUCGGAGGCAACAACGGUGGCGCAGCAACACUCGCCGGCCAGUCCAUCGGUACCCUCCUCGCUGGUGCGAACGCCUGCGCUAAGCUGUCACUCGCGGAUCAAGUCGCAGCCCUCGACGGUGCUGGCGCCCUCGAUGCCGCAAAAGCACUUGUACAGGCGGAGAAGAACUUCAACCCAUUCGCCGUCACCAUCCCAAGUUUCUGUAGCGAUCCAAGUCUACCGGCGACGGAGGCGCUGAGGGGUAUUCUGCCACUAGUAGAUCCAGAUCUUGACGGUGCGGCAGCCCAGAAUGCUGCGAGUGCGGCAAGCCUGAAUUCACCCGUUGAUGCGGCGGGGUUGAGUAUUGCGGACAUCGUACAGGCGCAGGGGAGCAUCACUGAUUUCACCGCGCAGGCGGCGGAUGGCACGGCGGCUGCGGUGGGAGGCGGGGGUGCUGCUGCGGGUGCUGCGACGGGUGCGGGUGAUGCUGCUACUGGCGGUAAUGCGAAUAAUAAUGCGGGGAAUGGCAAUGGCAACGCUGCCAAUAACGCGAACGAUAAUACCGGGAACGGAAAUGAUAACGCCGCCGACAAUACCGCAAAUACUGGCAAUGGAAAUAAUGCCAAUAACAAUAAUGGGAACAACGCCAACAAUGGCAAUAACGCGGGUGCUGCGACGGGUGCAGGUGAUGCUGCUGCUGCGACUGAUAACGCUGCCGACACUGGCGCAAAUAACGGUAACGGAAAUGCCAACAAUAACGGAAACAACGCCAACAACAAUAACGGAAACAACGCCAACAACAAUAACGGAAACAAUGCCAACAACAAUAAUGGGAACAACGCGAACAAUGGCAAUAAUAAUGCAGCCAACGAUGCCACCGCCGCUACUGGCGCUGAUACGUCUACCAAUCUCCAAACCUUCACGUCCGCCAUCGGCGCCGCCGCAGACCCCAUAACCUUCUCCGGCGAUGCCGACCGCCCAUUCGAUGUUGCUGGGUCAACAUUUGUAAAUUUUGCCGCUGCGGCAGCACGCUCUUGUGAUCGCCAGUUCAACGCAUGUGCCAAUGGUGCUAACAGCGGUGAUGGAGCUGCCGUGGCGGAUUGUACGGCGCAGAAGGAUGCGUGUACUGCUGCGCAGGCGGAUGCGACGGUGACGAGUUUUGCCGCGAGAUUGAUGAGGGAGAAGAGGCGGGAGAGGAGUAGGAGGGAGGCUGGGAGUGCGAAAUGA